GAAAAUGGGAUUUAGCGAGGGCUAAAACAGUCAAUUCACUGAAUAAUUUCCUGUCAAAGAUUUUCUAGUACAAGUCGGUUCACUCUCCUUUUCUUCCUCGUACAAAAAAUGACGUGUCGAAAAACCCCAUACGAAGCACCGCUACAAGCAGCAAAAAAAACACUACAAAGUUCUCAGGCAUAAUAAUAAUAAUAAUAAUAAUAAUAAUAAUAAUAAUAAUAAGCAAAGUGCAAAACCUCGGAGUUCUACUACUUUCCGACAACCGCCAUGGCUGAUCCAAGCUCUGCUCACACCACCGACUCGAAGAGUAGCAAACGGGACUAUUCCACAGUGAUACUGGAACGGAAAAAAUCCCCUAAUCGACUCAUUGUGGACGAAUCCAUUAACGACGACAAUUCAGUGGUCUCGAUGCAUCCAACCAAAAUGGAAGAACUUCAGCUCUUUCGAGGAGAUACUAUCUUGAUCAGGGGGAAAAGACGAAAAGACACGGUUUGCAUUGUUCUUGCCGAUGAACAAUGCGAAGAGCAAAAAAUAAGAAUGAAUAAAGUCGUCCGAGCAAAUCUGAGAGUACGUCUAACCGAUAUGGUGUCCGUGCAUCAAUGUCCGGAUGUCAAAUACGGAAAGCGUGUUCAUAUACUUCCCAUUGAUGACUCGAUCGAGGGUCUCACCGGCAACUUAUUCGAUGCUUAUUUAAAGCCUUAUUUCAUGGACGCGUACCGUCCGGUGAGAAAAGGCGAUCUCUUCCAAGUUCGAGGCGGCAUGCGAAGCGUCGAAUUCAAAAUCGUCGAAACCGACCCCGGCGAAUACUGCGUAGUUGCCCCCGACACCGAAAUAUUCUGCGAGGGAGAGCCAAUCAACCGCGAAGAUGAAGAAAGACUCAACGAAGUCGGGUACGAUGAUGUCGGCGGUGUAAGAAAGCAAAUGGCUCAGAUCCGUGAGCUAGUCGAGCUCCCUUUAAGACACCCUCAACUCUUCAAAUCCAUCGGCGUGAAACCCCCAAAAGGAAUCCUUCUCUACGGGCCCCCCGGUUCGGGUAAAACCCUAAUCGCAAAAGCCGUUGCAAACGAAACGGGUGCAUUUUUCUUUUUGAUCAACGGGCCGGAAAUAAUGUCGAAAUUGGCGGGAGAGAGCGAGAGCAACUUGAGGAAGGCGUUUGAGGAGGCGGAGAAGAACGCACCCUCGAUUAUUUUUAUCGACGAGUUGGAUUCGAUUGCUCCGAAGAGAGAGAAGACGCACGGUGAGGUGGAGAGGAGGAUCGUUUCUCAGCUUCUUACGUUGAUGGACGGGCUUAAGUCGCGCGCACAUGUCAUUGUUAUGGGGGCUACUAAUAGACCAAAUAGUAUCGAUCCGGCUUUGAGGAGGUUCGGGAGGUUCGAUCGGGAAAUUGAUAUUGGUGUGCCGGAUGAAGUCGGGAGGCUUGAAGUGUUGCGUAUUCAUACCAAGAAUAUGAAACUUGCGGACGAUGUUGAUCUUGAAAGAGUUGGCAAAGAUACACACGGUUACGUCGGUGCUGAUCUGGCGGCCCUUUGCACCGAAGCUGCUCUUCAAUGCAUCAGAGAGAAAAUGGAUGUAAUCGACUUGGAAGACGAGACAAUUGAUGCUGAAGUAUUGAAUUCAAUGGCCGUGACAAACGAACACUUCAUAACCGCAUUGGGCGCCUCAAAUCCAUCGGCCUUACGUGAAACAGUUGUGGAGGUUCCCAAUGUUUCGUGGCAGGAUAUCGGCGGAUUGGACAAUGUCAAACGAGAGCUUCAAGAGACUGUACAAUAUCCUGUUGAGCAUCCGGAGAAGUUCGAGAAAUUCGGAAUGUCGCCUUCGAAAGGGGUUUUGUUUUACGGGCCGCCUGGUUGUGGCAAAACUUUACUGGCAAAAGCAAUUGCUAACGAGUGCCAAGCCAAUUUCAUAAGUGUGAAAGGUCCCGAGUUGCUCACUAUGUGGUUCGGAGAGAGCGAGGCGAACGUUCGAGAAAUUUUCGACAAGGCCCGACAAUCGGCUCCGUGCGUGCUCUUCUUCGACGAACUCGAUUCAAUUGCCACUCAGAGAGGAAGUUCGGUGGGAGAUGCGGGUGGGGCCGCAGAUAGAGUUCUCAAUCAACUUCUUACGGAAAUGGAUGGAAUGACGGCGAAAAAGACGGUUUUUAUUAUAGGUGCAACAAAUAGACCGGAUAUUAUCGACCCUGCUUUGCUUAGGCCAGGCCGUUUGGACCAGUUGAUUUACAUCCCGCUUCCCGAUGAAACUUCUCGCCUUCAAAUAUUCAAAGCUUGUCUGAGGAAGUCUCCAUUGGCUAAAGAAGUCGAUCUAACAGCUCUUGCGAGACACACGCAUGGAUUUAGUGGUGCCGAUAUCACCGAGAUAUGCCAACGUGCUUGCAAGUUUGCCAUCCGAGAAGAUAUCGAAAAGGAUAUCGAGAAAGAAAAAAAGAAGAGAGAGAGUCCGGAGGCUAUGGAAGAAGAUGACGUGGACCAUGUACCGGAGAUAAAGGCGGCCCACUUCGAGGAGUCGAUGAAAUUUGCUCGGAGGAGUGUGAGUGAUGCCGAUAUUAGAAAGUACCAGCUCUUUGCACAGACGCUCCAGCAGUCUCGUGGUAUCGGGUCCGAAUUCCGGUUUGCGGAUCGGGCGGAUACUUCAGCUGCUGGGCGGGUCGACCCGUUUUCGUCUGCGGGGGGUGGGUCGGUGGACGACGACGACGACUUGUACGGUUGAUCAGUUUCAAUGUAGCUAUAUAUGUAUGUAUGGUGUGGUGAGCUUUGUGUGUACCCUUUGGAGCAACAUGUGUUGUAUAUAAAUAAAUAAAUACUUGGCUCGACUUAUAUAACAAAAUAUAAUAAUGUACUUUUGUUUCUUUGAACUGCAAAUUCUA